CCAAACCUCCCAUGGGUCUAUGCUUAGAGAAAAUAGGGGAUGGAGCCUACCUUAAUAUGGUUCCACAUCCUGAUGGUUCCAACCGUGCUUUCUUGGCAAAUUUGCAAGGCAAGUUAUGGCUAGCUUCAAUUCCUGAUGAAGCGUCUAAUGGGAUUUUGGAAUUCGAUGAAUCCAAACCCUUCCUAGAUAUUAGUGACCAAAUUCUAUUUGAUUCUGGGCACGGUUUGAUGGGAAUUGCAUUUCAUCCAAACUUCACACAAAAUGGCCGCUUCUUUCUCUCAUAUUGUUGUGAUCAGACGAAAAAUCCUAGUUGUUCAGGGAGAUGUGCUUGUAACUCAGAUGUGAAUUGUGACCCUUCGAAACUUGACUCCCAUGAUGAUGUCCUGCCAUGUCAGUAUCAUGUUGUAGUUGCAGAGUUUACAGUCAACGGCACAGCAUCAGAGCCUUCCCUGGUUGCCAAUCCAUUGGAAGCGAGAAGGAUAUUCACCAUGGGUGUUCCGUACAGAGGAGGACAUGCUGGUCAGAUUCUCUUUGGACCCGCAGAUGGAUACCUGUACCUCAUGAUGGCAGAUGGCUCUGAUCAUGAUGAUCCUUACAACUUUUCCCAGAACAAGAGGUCAUUACUGGGAAAGAUUUUGAGAAUUGAUGUGGACAAUUUACCCAGUACUAGAGAAAUAGAAGAACAAGGUUUAUGGGGAAACUACAGUAUUCCUAGAGAUAAUCCACAUCUCGAUGACAAGGAGCUUGAACCAGAGAUAUUUGCUUUGGGUUUGAGGAACCCUUGGCGUUGUAGUUUUGACGCCAAGAGGUCCUCGUACUUCCUUUGUGGAGACUCAGGACAAGAUCAAUAUGAAGAGAUCGAUAUGGUCAAAAGGGGCGGGAACUAUGGAUGGCGAGUCUAUGAGGGACCUUUACUUUUCCAGCCAUCACAGUCUCCUGGAGGAAACACCUCUGCCAGUUCCAUACACCCCAUCUUUCCCAUAUUGGGAUAUAGUCAUUCAGACAUCGAUGCGAUAGCUGGUUCUGCAUCCAUUGUAGGUGGCUAUUUUUAUCGCUCCAUGACUGAUCCUUGCAUGUAUGGAAGGUACUUGUACACGGAUCUGUAUGCAGGAUCUAUAUUGGUAGGUGAAGAGAGUCCUGAAAGAAGUGGAAACUUCACCGGUGCUAAAAUUCCUUGUAGAUGUGCUCCUGACUCUUCAAUGCAAUGCUCUUUUCUGAAGGGAAGUUCAACUCCUGUAUUGGGGUACGUCUUCUCAUUAGCAGAAGAUAACAGGAAGGACAUUUACCAUCUCACAAGCACUGGGGUUUAUAGAGUAACACGACCAAAACGUUGUAGAUAUUUGUGUAGCAAGGAAAAGGAUGUUGUUUCAGAACAUAACAAACCUCUCUCUUCUUCCUCAUUUCCUGAAGUUGUUGAUUUCCUUCUGUUGUCUGUCUUUCUUAUCCUACAUUCUAUGUCUUGACUAAAGCCUAUCAGGGGCCAAUUUGAUUUCCUUAAAAGAUUCAGCUUUUGACCUGUGGA